CCUGUCAGUACCCUCCGUAAUCUCGUCAAGUUCAGUGUCUAGCUCGCGCAGUUAACCCUGACAAGAUGACCAACUCCGCUAUACUUUCCCUGCAAGUUCUCCUUCCCGUCAUCGCCGCUGCCCUCCAACCAAAAGCCACCGACCAUCUCUUUCGCUGCGGCCAACGUCCGGCCAACUCAAUCGGAGUGAUCACCUCGGGUCAGUCCACCUGGCCGGGGCAAUUUCCGUGGCACGCCGCCCUGUACCGACGGCAGCUGGUUGGUAGUGAGUACAUUUGCGGAGGAUUCCUAGUGAGUGAUCGCGUCAUCGUAACGGCUGCUCACUGCGUGACGGCCCCGAAUGGGUACCAGAUGGUUCCGGAAGCGUUGUCGGUGAGGUUGGGAGUUCAUGAGCUGUUGGCGAUGACCAGGGAUGGACAGGAACAUCGCGUUGAGAGGGUUUAUCGGCACGAAGACUAUGUGGCCAGUUCGUAUCGGCACGAUGUGGCGGUUCUGAUGCUGCAGACUGUGGUGGAGUUCACCAGAUUUGUUCAGCCGGUUUGUUUGUGGAACGUGGAGGAGUUUGUGGCGGGGCUUGACCUGGUUGGAACUGUUUCCGGCUGGGGACUGACGGAGUAUGACGUGCUGGCGAAUUCGCUGAAGUCCGCGAGGCUACCCAUGGUCAGCUAUUUGGAUUGUCUGGAGAAGGACAGGGACGUGUUUGCUCCGGUUUUGUUUGAUGGGAUGUUCUGUGCGGGACUUGAUAAUGGAACCAACGUCUGCAACGGUGACAGUGGAGGAGCAUUCGUUGUGAACAUCAACGGAACGUGGAUCGCACGUGGAAUCAUAUCAUUCACCGGAUUAAGGGAGUCUACCGUAACGUUGUGCAAUCCCAAAAGCUACGCCGGAUUCGUCAACUUGCCCAGAUACGUGGAAUGGAUUGAAAAGGUUGCUAAUGCAAACCGUUUUGUACCAAUUGAAUCUUCCACAGACAACGGAAACGUCACGAAGAAUGAUUAUCCCACUUCCGAGUCCUUCCCAGCGACACAAAGAAUCAACACAAAAAAAUGUGCCCAGUAUCGGAACGGUUCCGGCGGUACGGCCCAGGAUUUGUCCUAUCUGGCGUUCGUUGCGAGGGAGACUCCAUUCAUGCGUGUGAUUGAUUGUUUCGCCGUAUUGAUAAGUGAGCACUUUCUAAUCUCAACGGCAGACUGUCGUCUUGCCAGUCGUCGUCACUCGACUCGGAAUUUCUCCACCGAAAUGAACCGCUCAGAAGCCGGCCCAGAGCAAUUCGUUAUUAUCGAAACGGAAGGUCGUACGCUCCGGUACGGGAUUCGGAAUUUUCAUCAACAUCCCAAGUUCAUCGCCAGCCCGACCGAAAACAACCUCGCACUAAUUGAGCUGGAAAGAAACGUAUCGUAUGGCAAUCCGCAUGUGCAUUUAUUAUAUCGAUAUGUGGCGCACAAAUAUCGUAUUCUAGCUACCGCUUUUUCUAUCGAUUUUAUGUUUCUUCUUUUGCUUUCCAGAAUCCCUAGCCAGCAGAUUGUGUGCCUGUGGAGCCGGGGGGAGCUCGAUUUGGCGAAAAUCAUUCUCUACUCGGCGGUGGACGUGGCAAAGCAGCCAACGCCGCCACUAAUGGAGUCGGUGAAAUGUUUUGAUCAACUGCUGGCCCCGUCCAUUAUGGUUCCCGCUGACGGAUUGCUCCACUUGGCCGGGCUGGUUGUGAACAGCACGUGUGCCAGGAUUCGGUUCAUAAAGCUGUACAAGUUCAUCCCGUGGAUCGAGGGCAUUGUUUGGGAGAAUGACGUUUGAUAAAAUAUCUUCUUUGCUGAGAUGAGUUUGAUUGUUGGAUGAGAAUGUAAAGUUCGUCAGAGAGUUCCAAUAAAAUUUCAAUACACAAUCAUUACAUUGAUU